UGAAGAUAUGGCACAGAUAUUUGAACAGUUAGAAGAUAAACAAAAAGAUAAUAAAGAUAAGGAUGAUGAAGAAGAGAAGCCAAUUAGAUACAUAGGUCAACCAUGGUGGGACCCUGCACUGGAUAAAGGUAUUAUUCAAUAUUAUUACAAGAAUGGAAAAUGGAGUAAUUAUAAACACCCUGUGAGAAGGACAGAAUCAUUCCGUACUGGUACUGAUGUGAAACCAAAGUAUUCCAAGCGCACAUUUUCUCUGAGAAGAUCAAAGACGACAUCGAUGUCCAGUGUACCUGUAAAACAUACUGUCAAAGGAUCUAAUCGACAUUCUAAGUGCUCUAUUCAGUAAUAAUGUGAUGUAAUAUGUCGAUGCAAUUCUCAGCUAUAACAGGAAUAAAUGACAUUGUAUGCAGC